AUGGCUCCCAAGAAGAACGCCGCAGCUCCUGCCCCUUCCAUCGUCCCUCCUUCCACGGCCAAGCCUUCUCACGGACAGACGUCUGCUUCUUCUGCACCUACCAAGCCCAUCGCCGCAUCUGCAAAGCCCACAUCCACCAAGUCCACCGUUCGCAACUCGACAGAUGCUCAAGAGAUCGCUUUGGCCGUGUGGGAUCGCUAUGUUCAGGACACUCCCCAGCGCGUCAAGUUGAUUGACGUCUUCAUGAUCUUCCUCAUUCUCGUCGGCGUUCUUCAGUUCCUCUACUGCGUUAUCGGUGGAAACUACACCAACCCCGAGAACAAGGUCGACUUUGGCUCCAUAUCACAUGAAAGGUAUCAAUCUACACACACAACCCGUUUAAUACCUAGCACAUGUCUGACAUGCAACACANGAGCUUUCGCGGAUUAUGUCUUUGGCAGUCUGAUUCUGCAUUUCUUCUGCGUCAACUUCAUCAACUGA